AUGGCAACAAUAGACCUGGUCGGGAAGGUCUCAAGGACCCCUGACAUGACGGCAAACAUCAAGGAGGAAGUCAAGAAUUUGACGGCGAAUGUACAAAAGGGCACGGCGGCUAGCGAAGCGGCGACCGUGGUGGCGAAAGAGGCGGCGGAAGUCGGCAAGACGGUAGCAGGCAUGGCAAGAGAUAUUAAGAAUAAUGGUACGCGGCAUCAAACAGGAGCACCGAUGAGCUAUGCCACUGCGGCAGUACAAGGUGCUUUGGCAGCAGGCAAAUACAACGUACAGAACUUAUACUGCUCCAUCUCCAGCUCCCGUGCAGCGAUCACAACCAUGUCAGCCAAUCAGCUCAAGAGAGGAGACCUUAGCAUCCGGACAACCACCAACAGCGAGAUGCAGACGCUCCUACGUACUUACACAUACGGAGUUCUUGUUCAUGGUAUUCGCACAAGCACGAUUAAUAUGGAGAACUUUGAAGAAGUCAGAGAUACCAUCCUACACGAAAACAGAGCCUUCCUUCCGACUGCGGAUAUCAAAUAUAUAGGCUGGCUGACCAGACAGCCACCACAGAAGGCAAUGUCAUUAAUAGUCAUCGAGUUCACGAAGCCAGAAGACGCCAACAGGAUCAUCGACGAGAAUUUGGUCUGGCAGGGCGAGAUGUGCCCGGCCGAGCGAUACGAGAGGCAGUGCCGACUGAAGCAGUGUUUCCAGCGCCAAAAGUACGGCCAUAUAGGAACCCAAUGCAAGGCAGCGAAAACAUGUGGCUACUGCGCGCAGAAACACAGUUCCUGGGAAUGCCCGACGAAGACAAAUCGGGAAGCCGCUAGGAAGUGGGUCGUAUGCCACGGCACACAUGAGGCCUGGAGUCGGGAAUGUCCAACCAGGAAGGAGGAGGUAGCCAAGAUUAAGGCGAUCCUCACAACCCGUCCAAAAUACCACCCGGCUUUGACGGCACACAAUGAGAUCGACCAGCGUGGACUGGACCGAAUAUCCCUCAGGAGAUCAAGAUCUACGAGAGACUUGACACUACACGAAAAAUCAAGGACGAGUCGGCCCAGCUCUACGCAAGGACGAGGACAGAAGAGGUCAGCACCAGCAGGGGACAAGGAGAACGAACCUCCAAGCGCUAGCCAACGGCCGCAGAGAGCGUAUAACGUACGUAAGGCGAAAGACACCAUCAUGGCAACGCUGCUACGAGAUCCGAGAGUGAUAGAGUAUGACGUACUCGCUAUUCAGGAACUGUGGAAGAAUCCCUUCAUGUCAACAACACACCAUCCCGUCAAGGACAUCUUCCAGCUCUGCUAUCCAGAAAUCAACAAAGAGGAUGGCCCGGCAAUAGUAUGCUUCUUCAUUAAUAAAAGGCUCGACCACAGCGCGUGGAAGUUCGUACAAAACACAAAGGACCUGUGCACGCUGAAGAUUCGUAUAGGCGGGGCAGAUGCGUCAAGCAACGAGCUGGCCAUACACAACGUGUACAACGCACCACAGAACACGGAGGGACGGGAAAGCACCAUCCCAUCGCUGAAAGCACAGCUGGAGAAACACGCACCUGAAGAAUAAAUCGCACUUGGCGACUUUAAUCUACAUCAUCGCCAUUGGGGGGGCUCGCAGGUCCGACGGG